CCGCAGCUCCCCCCUUCCCCUCAGGGGCCACACGAGGGCCCCUGCGCGCCCUCCCUCCCUCCGCCACCGGCCCCUCCGCCCCGCCCCGCCUCGCCUCGCGCGGGAAGGCGGCGGGACCACGUGACCCUCCGGCCCCCUCCCUCUCUCCCGCCUUCCCCAGGCGACGCCGGCCGGGCGCGUGCCGCGGCCGCCAUUUCGCCUGUGUGUGUGUGUGGUGAGGGGGCGCCGCCAUGUCGCGGGGCUCCGCCGCGUCGUGGGGCGCUCGCGUGGCGGCGGGCUGCGACGAGGACUGCGACAGCGAUGACGACUGCUGGGAUAUCGGCGUCCCGCGGGAUGAGGCGCAGUUGGAUCAAAUGUUGGAGUUAGACAAGAAGGAUGCAUUCAAGAAAGCUCUGGUUCAUGGUGAUGUGUCCUUGAUAGAAGAACUCUUAAACUCAGGUGUAAGCAUAGAAUCUAGCUUUCAGUUUGGAUGGACUCCCCUGAUGUGUGCUGCCAGUGUGGCUGAUUUUGCAGUGGUGCGUCUCCUUCUGGACAGAGGUGCCAAUGCAUGCUUUGAAAUAGAUAAGUACACAGUGCUGAUGGCAGCGUGUGCUGCUCAUGCUUCAGAGGAAAACAUCUUGAAGACUGUGGAACUACUGCUGACAAGGAAUGUCGACCCUAACCUUACUUGCAGGAGACAAAUGACUCCGUUGAUGUAUGCAGCUAGAAAAGGCUAUUCUCGUGUUGUUGGUCUUCUUGUUGCUCAUGGAUCACACAUAAAUGCCCAAGAUGAAAAUGGAUAUUCAGCAUUAAUAUGGGCAGCACACCAUGGACACAAAAAUGUCAUUUUUAAGUUGCUGGAGCUUGGAGCUGACAAAAAUCUACAGACUAAGGAUGAGAAGACAGCAGCAGAGCUAGCAAAACUCAAUAAGCAUUCAGAGAUUUAUAGUUUACUCUCUUUGGCUGUAAAUCACUCACAAGGGAAAUACCAUGAAACGAUUAAGCAAGAGGCUAUCUACAAAUUUCUGACAGCUGUCCCUGACCACAGAGUUGGUUUCUAUUCAGCUUUGGAUGACAUGGAAGUAUUUUUACAUGGUCUUGGUCUAGAACACCUAAUAGGAUUAUUGAAGGAAAGAGAUGUAUAUUUAAGGCAACUUCUGAUCAUGCAAAAAGAAGAGUUAAUACAGAUGGGCAUUAAAAAUCCUGUAGAUCAACAGAAACUCCUAGAUGCUAUUAAAGAGCUACAAGUGAAAGAAAUAAGAAUUGGAGAUCUCCCUGAAGUAGAGAAGAUGGAAUUCAGUGGAAACGAAUGCCUCAAGUUCCUUCAGAAGUUGAAUAAAGAGUGUAGCAAGCUGACUGUUCCUCUGCAGACCAUAAAUAAUCAUUUCCUCAAAAAUUCUCACAAGAUAGCACUGCAGUGGGCACCAACUGAAAGAUACAUUGAAGUCUGCAGAGAUAUGGUUUCCAACGUUGAAAGGUUGGGAGAAGAAGUUGCCAGACUGAAGGACCUCAUGGAGAAGCAUGAACAGAAGAAUGACCCCAGUCAAGUGGUAUUCCCAGAAAAAGCACCCACCUUGGAAAAAAGAUUAGUAAAAAUGGGAGCGUUAACAGUGUUUGGGUCUGUUUUUUUCUUCUUUAUAACUAAGUUAAUGGCAAAGAAAGAGUGACUUUUUUUAGUGCUUUGAAUACUUUUGGAAAAUUUGGUCGCAUUAUGCUUCUAUUCAGCAUAUGUAACUGAGCUGAAUUCAUAUGAAAAUUACUGGUUUCUCAUCAUAUCCAUAAUAUUUGCAUCCAGUACAUACUUCAGUGUAGAAUCAAAAAUAAAAUCUCCUUAUUUAAAAGCAUAUUAAGGUUUUGUUUCUAGUAUAGACAGUUUGUACACAAUCUCCUCAAAGUUGCUUUUUUGCCACAAGGUUGUAACUAUUACUUACUGAUUACUAGUUUUGUUUUCACUUGCUGUUCAGUUGCUGUCAUAGCUGCUUCCUGUUGUUCACAAAGGUAAACAUAAGCAGAUAAUACUGUAUUGUUUAUGUUGCACGCUUGUAUUUAAAAUGAUCACGAUGGUGUGUUUUGCCUUUUUAAUAUUAAGUAUCAUGAUUUCUAUGUUGUGAAAGAUCUUUUGCAGUACAGAUUCAUAUGAAAAACUUUCUGAUAAGGUGUACCUGUUUUGUUGUUUUGUUUUGUAACAGCCACAGGACAGCAAAUAUCUUUUUACUUAUUGUCUUGGAAGUAUUUUCCAGCUGAACUGUGCUAUUCAAUUUAUGCCGGAGAUCUGUUUCCUCAGGCAUAAUUACUUCUAUUAACAGUUUCAUCCCAAAAAGGAUUAUAAGGAUGCUAAAAGGAUUAUAGGAAUCCUUAGCUACGAGAAUGCAGGCAACUUAAAAGGAGUAUCAGCAUGUUUCUUCUUGAUCUGAUGAGCUUUCACUACAGCAGCUUUGUGUUGAGUGAUUCUCUCUUAAGGUUUUCUCCAUUUAAAGAGUUGUUUGUAGUUCUGCAGCAAAAUAUUAGUAUCUGUUUUUUGUCUGAUUACCACGCUAUCUAUGUUGCAAAAAAAGGAAUUGGUGUAAGUCAUCCAAAUCACAGUUACAUCUUUGUGGACUUCAAUAAAGACAUGUAAAAGUGC